ACAGCGAGAGAGACAAAAACAAGCGAAGAAGAGAUAAAAAGACGGAUAACAUUUUUGCAUCAUCAUCAUGAACAGCAGAACAGUUUUGUUUAGCAGCGUUGCCAUGCUGUUACUUGGCUCAGUGUGUGCUCAGUACAAUUUACCGAAUUAUAUCCACGUUUGUCACAAAAACGAUCCACAAUUGGUGCAGUGCAUGAAACGGUCUGUCGAAGGAUUGCGGCCUUACUUGACUCGGGGCAUCAAAGAAUUAGACAUUCCUCCAAUUGAGCCAAUUCUUAUUGGGGAUCUUAUUGUGGCGGAAAGUGUGCCUGGACAAGGUGUCAGUAUCACAGCGCGUGCAGUGAAGGCAUACGGACCAUCGAACUUUGUUCUGAAAAAAUUAGAUGUCGUCGAAUAUGGCAAAAAAUAUAAUUUCGAUCUUGAAUUACCUCAACUUGCUGCCGAAGGAACAUACGACAUCGACGGAAGAAUUCUCUUGAUCCCCGUGAAAGGCAGUGGGCACUUUAGCGGCAAUUUCAGCAACGCUCAAGCUCAAGUCCGUGUCCGCAACGAACGCAUCACAGGCUCCGAUGGCCAAACGUACAUGGUCCCGAAGAAAAUCGACAUCAAAAUCCGCAUCAAGAACGGCAAAAUCCAACUUGACAACCUCUUUGGGGGCGAUCGUGUCUUGGGCGAUGUCGUCAACGAAACCAUCAACCGCAACUUUGACGUUCUGAGCAAAGAAAUCAUUCCGCUCAUCGAGAAGGCCCUCUCGAAGCAUUUCAAGAAAGUCGGUUCGAAGAUUAUGUCAAAGUACCCGGAAUCGGUGCUGUUCCCGUAGAUCCCGCGUGUGACAUUUUACUUUAAUUACCUUACUUUUUAAGAAGUGCUUCCUUCCUGGGUUUUUAAUUUUAUUUUUUGAGGAAAUUUAAUAUUAUUUUUUUGUUGUUCUGAGGAAAACGGUCGAAAAAAUGCGGAAGGGGAAAGUUUUUUUUUUCGUUACAAAGAAGCUUAAAUUAAAAUUAGAAAGACCCUUUUUUCUUAUUAUUAUUUUGUAUAUGAAAUAUUUUAUUGCCAAGCAAAUAAAUUUAAGUGAAGAAACUUUUUCUAUGUAAAUUUAGGAACUUUUUUUAGUGUAUGAUAUGAUAAUUAUGAUAAAAUACUGUGAAGUUAAGUUAAAUA